CGCACUAGAUGCACAUAGGAGUGAGUAGGGYCUCUUCUCUUGCGCAAGAUGCGAGAUACUGUAUCACCUAUGUAGUAUUACCCUGCUGAGGCAGGUAGCAAAGUAGCUGUGCUCAGCAAACGGAUUGUAACAUUUGGACGUGGUCUUUUUUUCCUUAGUUGAGCGGCCUGAGCAGAAUGGUAUCGCUCGUGAAUUACGCGUGUCUUUUCUUGCCUGUUGCUCUCCAUCUGAUCGUCGGCCCCUGUCCCAGCUCUGCUGCCUCCACCAGGAGGUGUCACUCCAUCUAUAAGGGCUUCGCUCAGUGUCUGAUGGCUCUGGGGGACAGCCUGACUGAGAGUGCCCAGAAGAAUGAGGAUAGACAGGAGAUACACACCAUCUGCAAGUCCUGGGAUGAGUUUCAUGACUGUGCGAACGUGGCGAUGGCGGGCUGUCCUGAUGAGGCUGCUGCAGUCUGGGAGUCUCUGCGACAGGAGUCCAAGAAGAUGCAGUUUUCUGGUAACCUGUAUGACAUGUGCUCCAGUCGUAACCAACCAGCUGGCACUGCUGAUGCCCUGAGCCCARCCAACCAGGAAGAGAUUAACCAGGAGUCUCUAAAAGCACACACCCACCAUCUAGGUCCCUUCUCUUUCUGGUUGCUCUCCUUAUGUCUGUCCCUUCUGCUGAUGUUGGCCAAGAUAUAGGCACGAUCAGGGUGAAGGGGAGGGAGGAACUCAUUGAGGACAUGUAAAAAUAAAUAAAUAAAAGGAUAAUAAACUUGAAUAUUUUUUGUGUACUAAAAAUGAGUUGCAUAUAUUUCAAGCUGCAUGUUCAGAUUGGUGGCUCCUCAUCUGUAGUGUAUUCAUUUCAUACACACAUUAUCUCUCUAACUCUCUCUGAAAUACUCUCCUCCUUUUCAUCAAUUUAAGAGUUGGAUAGUAUGGUUCCAGGGGGAUGCUGUCUGGGAGAGCUGAGGGUAGAAUGUAAAUGAGCAAAUAAACCUCAAACAUCUAGAACCCAAGACAGAUUAUUCAAGCCUCACCAGGCAAGGCUUAACAGCAACAUCUCACACAUAAACCUGCAUCCUGAAGUUUCCUUCAGGUUGUUAUUCAAUCAGAGAGCACUGUGGGAUGUUUUGUAGCAUUAAAGGCUUAGCCAAUUUUUGUUAUUUCGUUUGGGACUCACUGAGGAUUACAGAGAGAAUUACUCAGAGUAAAACCUCUGGAACAAUAGAGCUUACCUGCAGACAAGCAUAAUGAAAUAUACCCAGCUCAUGGCAGUUUGAAUGUUAAGGACUGAAGGCUUGGAUCYCUGUGUAUUCACCCAGUCCGGGUCUAUUUAACACAGUGUUUAUGAACAGAUAAACCACUUAACUUACAUGAAAUCACUUCUUGUCUUGGUCAAGUCUAGGCUGACCUAGAAUUAUAUUUAGUAAUUUGUGUUGAAGAAAUAUGGACGAAGGUGUACAUAAUGGAAUUUAUUCAUAUGAAUAUUUAUGUACAUAUCAAAUGGCACAUCGAUAUAUAGUAUCAAGCCUUUUGAUGCUGCAGGAGCCUGUGCGUAAACGGAGACCAUGGUGAAAUAAGAACGUUAUAGAAAGAAGAAAAAAGGUUUUACUCAAAAGGACUUUCAUUUUAUUAAAGUAAACACCAUGAGGAUAACCCCUGCUUGACUCCCUGACAUGAAAUCUUAGCUGCGUUUAAAACCUAGUUUUAAUUGAAUGUAGGUCUGAGAUAAACUACCAUGUUGGAAAUGGAAUAUACCUUUUCAAUUUAUGUUUUCUAUUGGCUUUGCUCUCAACAGCUUUAUCGGUCAAUUUGUAUUUGCAGUGGAUUUGCAUUUUUAAUUGGAAAUUAAUCUUGUUUGCUAUUGCAGCAAGUUUGUGUGGAAUGGUCAGGGAGGCAGUAGUAAACUACAGUGAGAACUUGAAGGAAAUCAAUUUUUAUCUUCAUUGUAAAAUAAAGGACAUACAAUAUAUGAAGUAGAUUUAGUUGAUCAUUAAAUAAAUGUAAAUAUUCAAAGAAUAUUGUGUUGCUAUAACAACAGUUAGCGCUACAACAUUUUAGGUUACUGGAUAACACAUUUUAGACUGUUUGCAAACUGAGGACUUUAUUACUUAUCUGAAUUUCAAUAAAUUGUGUGUGUGUGUGUGUGUGUGUCUCUGUGUGUGUCUGUGUGUGUAUGUGUACGUGCUUGUGUGCAUUGUGCCAGUGUAAUAACACUUGGUGAAUGAAAGCAGUAGCUAUGCCUUUUAUGUCAAAAUACAGUAUGGAGACUCUCCCUUAUCUUGCUUUACAAUAAGCUUUUUCAUUCUUGUAUACAUCAGCUCAUAAGCAUCAUUAUUCUUCACAUAUAUAUAAUGUUACUGUACCUACAUUGUAUACUUCUGUACUAGCAGUUAUGCCGGGGCGYCAGGUAGCCUAGUGGUUAGAGUGUAGGGGCGGCAGGUAGCCUAGUGGUUAGAGUGUAGGGGCGGCAGG